AUGAGACUAGUUAUUAAUGUAGUCUCUAUGAACGAACUACAACUGUGGUUGAUUGUGAGUUUCUUGGUUUCUGCAAAAGGCAUGGAAACUGCUGAUGAGGAACUUAACAAGAUCAACAGGAGAUAUAAGAAACUUAGACACCACAACAAUAGUCUAAGCUUUUCGGCGAGCUUGCCGGACGACGUUCAUGGAGUGUUUGCAGAUAGUAUCUGUGCAGUGAAGUACUCUAUCAAUCCAUAUGAAGAUUUGAGGGAAUCAAUAGUUGAAAUGAUUAGGGAAGUGGGUGUCCGAGACUGGGAGGAGAUGGAGGAGUUGGUUUACUGUUAUGUGGUCCUCAACCCACCAGAGAUCCAUGGAUUCAUUGGAGCUGCUUUCCUUAGUCUAUGUUCUCAAGAUUUCCUGCUUGUUACAGCAACCUGA